AUGGCUCAAAAAAACAUGCAGAAACCUUUCUUUUUCCGGAAAUUAUAGCACCAGGUUAUUUAUUCAUGAUUUAUCCCUUGAUGGCGACUAUGGGUGCGCGAGGGCGACUAAUUCAUCUCUUUCUCUACACCCAGUCAACCUAGAAGUGCCCGUUUUGCCAAGGGAAGAUCGGUGUCGGAAAGUCUACUCUCCCUUUAACUGUACUUAUGGGAGUUUAGUGCGUAAAUCAAUGCUGUGACAUCAUACAAAUGGUGGGGGCGGAGAAGCUAUGCCACAAGUUCGAGCGACGUGAAGGCCCGAUGCGGCCUAUUUAAGAGAAUGCUCUCGUAGUCUAGAGCUUGCGCCAUUUCUCAAUCAUGGAGAGCUGCUCUUCAGCUUUGUCAAGGGUUUUCCUUCCAGGUGUCUCCCACCGCCGAAGGAGCCCUGGGGAACUACCGAAUGGGUUCCGUCGAAACCGGUGCUCUUCUCUCCCUUCGUUCACCGAGGAAUCCUACGCGGCUCCCGACCUUUCCGAUGUCCCAAGCACGAAGGAGACGAAGGGACAACAGUGGAGCCGGUCCCUGUGCGAUGUCCUGGAGAAUGCCGUCGACAGGCACUUCAAUCGGUACCCUCUACAUACGUCGGUCGACCCCGCGCUGUUGCUGGUCGGAAACUUCGUCCCCGUUGACGAGAUGCCGCCCACCCCGUGUCCCAUCGUCAAGGGGAGCAUCCCCGAGUGCCUCCGCGGCGGCGCUUACAUCCACAAUGGCCCCAAUCCAAGGCAGUAUCCCCGCGAUCCACACCAUCUCUUCGAUGGGGACGGGAUGCUCCACUCUCUCCUCCUUCCUCGGGGUGACUCCGACGGCUCCCACGCGGUUCUCUGCAGCCGCUACUCCAGAACCGAAAUAUUCGGUCUUGGGGGUCUCCGUGGCACCGCCAGGGUCGGUGUAGUCCUAAAUAGAGUUCUCGCCGGGCAGAUGGACCCCACUGAGGGCAUGGGUCCGGCCAGGACCAGCGUCUCCUUCUUCUUGGAAAACAUCUUCGUGCUAGGUGAGGCCGACCGACCCUUUACCGUCUACCUGUCUCCCGAGGACGGCGACCUACUGUCGAAGGAGCGGAGGGACCUCGGCGGGAAGCUGGCGAAAGGCGGGUCGGUCAACCAUAAGCAGGACCGGGGAUCCGGCGAGAUCUUCACAAAACAAGAUUAG